AUGUCCUUCACGAACGAGGAAAAGUUAUCUUUGGCAGCAAUCAUACUCGCAGUUGCCGCAUUCAUAAUAUCUGUGGCACAGGUGCUUCAACAAUACCUUGCUACGGCAGAGGGAUACCGAAGAUGCCAGGAGAAAGUAGUGGGCCCAUGGAAGUGCUACACCAAACGGCCCCUUCAAUUAAAAGAGUUACGAUGCGAGACCCGAUUUGGGACCCCGUUUAUCGAACUAGGCACCGGUCUUGACAGAAAUCACUGCUCCCUACCCUCGGGUCAUGAGUCACUUAUCAGACGUGAAAGUGACCUUGUAGUUAAGGCGAAUGAGCUUCAGCAUGGUGGUAACAACGAAUGGGUCUGCUGGCUGCAGCUUCUUGAAGAACUACAUACCUUUCACCGCGCCUUACUUCGUGCCUUUCCUCGAGAAGAAGAGAGCUUUAUGGCCACCUCAUUACCUCACAAUGAUCCAAAUCACGAUGAUCAAAUUCAGUUCUUACGCUUCCCAUCGUUCUCUGUGGAACCACAUUCUUGGGACUUCAUGCCUUCUGAUGUUCUCAAACCUCUUGCACGAAUUGGUGUUUCCGACCUUGCAAUUUUCAUCCGGCGGCUAGGAUUGCGUUGGCUACAGUUUCGACCUUCUGAAUCAGUUCUGCGAGCUGAGGGCAACAAUCUCCUUUUGACCUCAUCUUAUCUGAGAGGCAUUGGAUGUGUUGUAACUUUUGCUCGGUUGUCCUGGCGGAAUAGAUUUCCUGAAGAAUACUUCAUGAUUCCCAACAUCCAAGCGGAUGCUAUGGGUUUUGGGAUCUUACCAGCACUUCCCGGGAAAUCGACCGCUUUCAAUGUCAGCACCACUUCCGGUGUGAUAAACACUAUGAAGGAAUUUGAGCCUUCGGACGACGUAAUCCAACGCUUGGAGGAACUUACUGGGAGAAGAGAUAAAUUCCUCUACGCUUUUACAGAUAUUAUCCCACUCACCGCUCCUUUCAUGCGCAGAAGGGGCUCCCAAGUAGUCCGAGUCCCUGCGCCUAUGGAAAGGCCGAGCUGGAUCUUUGUUUCAAAUACCGGCAGAGCGGCUUUCAGGGAUCUUCUUCGAGGCAAAGUUGAAGAGAAGACUCAGAUAUAUGGAAACUGUCCUAGGCAUGCCGAGAGCCUGGGCAGCCUUCAAACCAAACAUGAGACUUUCGCUAACCACUGUGCAAUUAACCGCAUUGCAACUCGGAGCGAUCGGGACAAGGCGACGAAGAACGGACAAGACGUGCACGAUCUUGAUCUGGUACAUGAUCUCUGGGAUGAGAUGGAAAAAUACUUCGACGAUAAAGCGCAAGAGAUGGAGAGACAAAAAGACGACUUGUACAGUACACUUGUACAGGUGCACCUCAAGAAUGCUGUUCUCGCCGACAAGUAUGCUGAGCACAACAUUAACCAAGGAAAUAACAAGUACCCCUACGAUUCGAAUUUGAGGGAGAGAAUUCCAUGGAACGAACGUAUGGCUGAAGCUUUGGGUCAAUAUACUUACAGGUUUGAUUACAUGGAGAGAGAGAUGUGCGAGUCUGGCUACAGUUCUGCGCUUAACUGGGCCGCUAAAACCAACAAUCGUGCCAUUGCAAAGACCUUGCUUCCUUACCAAGCCGACGUAGAUGCGAUGGUCGAUAAUUUCUCUCCUCUCAUGACAGCUGCAAAAUAUGGUUCAGACCUGGUUAUCAGUCUCUUGCUGCGUAAGAGAGAGCGACGCGUGAAUACGAGAAAUGCGAAUGGCCUGUGUGCUUUGUGGUACGGCGUGGAGAAUGGGUCAUUUGCGGUCGUGAACCGGCUCCUUCAACACCCUCGUGUUAAGAUUGAUCUUCCAAAUUGUCAGGGCCAAACAGUGCUCUGGCUUGCUGUCUACCGAGGCAACAGAGAAUUCGCAAGCCUACUACUCUCAAGAGGCGCCAACCCCGAUAUCAAGGACGUCGACGGAUUCUCGCCAUGGAUCGAGGCAUGCAUCAGCAAUAAGAACUCCGUUAAAGAUCUGCUCCUAGAUUUCAUAUUCGCUGAGCAUAAUGGCAACUGUGACUUAGUCCCAUCCCCCGACUCCAUGGCAAAACAAAUGCGCGAAAAUCCAAAAAGACCUAAACACUAUAUCUUCGGUAGACUCUUACUUGAGCUAAAAUUCGAGAUAUUCUCAUAUUUAUCCUUUGACGAACUCCUCAAUUUUCGACUGGUAUGUCGAGAUUUAGCUCUACUUGCAACCGUGGAUAUUCUUCCACGGUCGUACUGGCGAAGUAGGUUUCUCCUGGGUCAGGAAGCUGAUUUUCUUUUUUUGGAUAUUACGGACACGCUGGACUGA